AUGACUAACGAUAAUGUGAUUAAAGAUCAAAUAGAGAAAGUCACUAAAUUUCGUUUGGAGUUUCGAGACUUUGUUGAGAAGUCUGUUGAAUACUGUACCGAAUUAUCAGGUUAUAUUAGGGACCUGAAAGGGGUCGUAGAUCUUGUUGAUGAUAAAACAAUUCACAAGGAGGAUUUUAUUGAAGAGAUAAAAUCAUUAUCUGAUGAAACUAAACGUCAUGAAGGGCUUUCACAGGCUUUAUUUGAACAAAUUAGAAAAAUUCUCGAGGGAUUUUUGGAUGUUAAUGAAGAUUUUAAACCUUAUAUGAAUGAUACCAAAAAGACAAAUGAUAAGCUAGUAGUUGAAUUGAAAGUCGCUGAAAAUGAAAAAGAAAAAGAGAUGAAAUUAUAUGAUAAAAUUAAACCAAAACACUGGGAAAGAGUCCUUAAAUUUGGAUUAUCUGGUUUGGGAGCGGCUAUAUCACCACAAGUUGUAAUGUUUUCGACAAUUAUGUUUUUAUUUGAAGAUUGUUACAGAAGUGUAAAUGCAACAAAACGAUUAAAUUUAGUCAAUAAUGCAAAUGAAUCAAUCAAAAACAUACAAGAAUCAAAAGAUGAAAAUACUGAAUUAAUCAAAGAUUUAUCAAUCCUUAUUCAAGCGUUAGCAGAGAUUUCUGUAUCACUUAGUAGAUUUAAACUAUUUUGGGAUAAUCAAAGAAGGACACUUUCCAGAAUCCAUAAAAAUUUAGAUACUGCAGGAAAAGGAAAUAGAAUCAACACACUUAAAAUUAAAGGUAUCGGUAAUCACUUAGAUAAAUUGAAAUCUUCUAUUUCCGACUAUAAUUAUACAUUCUUAAAAACAUUAACAUAUGACAGAAUGAUUAAUUGA